AUGAAGCAACAAUUACAAGACAAACAACCACACAGACACGAUCCAUCGCAUGUGCCAUCAUACAUGAUGCUUCGAGAACAAGUGUUGAAUAUCCUCAGAGAGGCCAAUCAUGACCGCCGUAACGAAUCUGCUGAUUCAAUUCACACUGUAACAAACUCGAGAUUGACCUGGAUGAACAACAUGACUCAAUGUUGUGAGCCCAUGUUUUUCAGACUUUCUCAACCACAGGACUGCUUGACACUUCAUCAGUUAUUGAACUCUCAAAUUGGACAAACUUGUCAUAUUGUGGAUACCAUGCGGCUCCAAUUGAAAGAUUUGGUGAAAAUGGAAAAUCCUUCUUUGUUUAUCAAUUCAACGUUCUCUGAGCAUGCCAAUGAUUCACAACAAGAAGCACUUUAUUCUAGCAAAAUUUCAGAGAAAUUACAACAUGUUUCAUGCAUGGAAGAUUAUGGAGUUUGGGUUUAUUAUCCUUGGAGAAAUGUCUUGUGUCACUUGUUGGACGAGGAAGAAUUUAUCAAAGUUAGAACGAUCCGUAAUGCUCACAAGAUUACACUCGAAGAACAAGAUGAGUUGAAACGAAAGAAAAUUGGAGUUGUGGGUCUUUCUGUUGGACAUGCCGUGGCUCUUACAUUGGCCAUGGAAAGAGGGUGUGGAGAAUUGAGAUUGGCAGAUUUUGAUACGUUGGAGUUGACCAAUAUGAAUCGAUUGAGAGCAAAGGUGUAUGACUUGGGCCUUUUGAAGGGAGUGAUUACAAAACGAGAAAUUGCAGAGAUUGAUCCAUUUCUUAAGGUGGUCAUCUUCAAUCAAGGCAUCAAUAAGAAAAACAUUUCACAAUUUCUUGGAGUUGAUGAUGAAACCAAUAAUAACAAAUUAGACCUUGUCAUUGAUGAGUGUGACAGUUUUGACAUCAAGGUUCAAUUAAGAUUACACUGUCAAAAAUUUGGAAUUCCAGUGGUGAUGGAAGCAAGUGACCGAGGUUGCUUGGACAUUGAAAGAUUUGACCUUGAUCAGUCCUAUCCAAUUCUGCACGGAAGAAUUUCACAAGAAUAUUUGAAACCCGAUAUGGAUCUUGAUGUAGUUCAACGAAAAAAGUUGAUUACUCAAUUCUUGGAUCCGUCACAAGCAUCUGAAAGAGGUCUGAAAUCAUACCUUGAAAUUGGAAAGACUAUAACCACAUGGCCUCAACUUGCCAGUGAUGUCUCUAUGGGAGGUGCAGUAGUGGCCAUGGCUUCACGAAUGAUUUUGCUCAAAAUGGCCAUUCCUUCCCAGAGAAACUAUCUGGACGUAUCUUCAAUGAUUCAAGCACAUCAACAACAGUACGCUGCAUCGGUGUGGAUCGACAAGAUGAAACGGAUUUGGUUAAUGGCUAAAUGUGUUGCAAAAUCUCUGAAAUAA